AUGGAUAGCAUGGAAAGAGAGACAAAUACCUUCUCAGAAGAAGGAAGAAUCAGGCAAGUGGAGUAUGCGAUAAAGAGCAUCUCGUCUGCAGGGCCUGUGAUAGGCCUGCGGUGUGCAGAUGGCGUGGUUUUAAUUGGCAAGAGCACAGACGACUCUGUCUCUCUGACGCAGGACGAGAAGAUAUACGCAAUAAACAGAAAAACAGUGGGAAUAGUUGGAGGCCUGUACGCAGACAGCAACCUUCUUGUCAACUACCUGAGGGCUGUGGCACAGGACUACCUCAUGAAGUUUGACACAGAAAUGACUCCGCAUCAGAUAGGAAGAUCGCUAUCAAAGAUAAAGCAGAAAUUCACGCAGGGCGGAGGAAUGCGGCCGUUUGGUGUCUCUUUCCUGCUUGGCGGGUACGAGAGGGGAGCGUACAGACUGUACUCAACCGACCCGAGCGGCACACUCUCUGAGUACAAUGCGCACACGUUUGGAGAUGGAGACAAGCUAAUAUUCCCCGUUCUGGAUGAGCACAGCUGCGAGCACUCGAUAGAGGAAGGGAUCAAGCUCGCAUUCAGGGGGAUAUCAGCAGUGUCAGAAGGCACAGCCAUCCUGCCCCACACGAUUUCGUGCGCUGUCAUCUGUAGAAUAAACGAAGAGCAGGUGGUAAGACACCUUACGCAAGUAGAGAUAACCGAGUACCUGAAGCAUGCAAAACCAAAAACAUCCACAGAGUAA